CGGGCUUCAAUGAAGUUGCACCAGCUGUCUCCUACAAGCUAAUGUUAGGCUAGUUAGAUGUAGCCAGCUAGCUUUAGAUUAUUAUCAUCGUACGCAGUAGUACGGUGAACAUUAUAAACAGUGCUACUGAAGGACAACGAUUACAUUUCAUAGGCCAAUUUACUGAAAGUGACACCGUUGUCGUCGUCAACGUCCGCUGAAUUAUUUCCAGCUUUAGCCGAGUCGUAUUAGCCUGAGUUAGCUCGGCUAGCCUGGCAGCGUAUGGGGCGUCAGAGCUAGCAGUGACUUCACUGCCUGUCUGGUUUCCUCAUCUGGCAUUUUGGACACGUCAAGGUCUAUUUUAAAUCUGAAACCUGAUUUCGGGGGGGGUGUGAUGUCAGAACCGAAGAGCCCUACUCCCACCCCGGCCGGCGACACGUACAAAGGAUGGGUCUUCAAGUGGACAAACUACAUCAAGGGUUAUCAGCGAAGGUGGUUCGUUCUGAGCAACGGCCUGCUGUCAUACUACAGGACCCAGGCUGAGAUGGGUCACACGUGUCGGGGCACAAUCAACUUGGCCACAGCGGUCAUCUCCGUAGACGACGCCUGCAACUUCGUCAUCUCUAACGGCGGGGCUCAGACGUAUCACCUGAAGGCCAGCUCCGAGGUGGAGCGCCAGCGGUGGAUCACUGCGCUGGAGCUGGCCAAAGCCAAGGCCGCCCGCAUGCAAGCCGAGUCAGAUGACUCCGGCGACGACUUCUCCCCGUCGUCCCUGCCCGGGGGCGGAGGUCAGGGUGGGGGCUCUCAGAACUCGGAGGUCCAGUCCACUCUCCGAACGCUGGGCAGUAAGGUGGAGGAUCUCAGCACCUGCAACGAUCUGAUCUCCAAGCACGGCUCUGCCCUGCAGAGGUCUUUAUCUGAGCUGGACAGUUUACGGCUGACCGGAGAGGCCGGGGAUAAGAUUCGUCAGGUGACGGAAAGAGCCACGCUGUUCCGGAUAACCUCUAACGCUAUGAUUAACGCCUGCAGGGACUUCCUGGCCCUGGCCCAGACUCACAGCAAGCGGUGGCAGAAAGCCUUGCAAGCUGAGCGAGAGCAGCGAGUGCGGCUGGAGGAGGCCUUAGAGCAACUGGCCAAGCAGCACAACCACCUGGAGCGAGCGUUCAGAGGGGCCGCGCAGGCUCACGCCAUCGUGGACAAUAAAGGUGGUGCUGGGCCGGGAAAAGGUGAGGCGAGCGACGAGGACGAUGAUAACGAGUUUUUUGAUGCCAUGGAGGACGCCCCCGAGUUUAUAACCGUACCUGCAGACCCACAGUUCCACAAACGUUCAAGCAGUAACGCGAGCGGGUUGAACACCGAUUUGUGUGCAGACGAUCAGUCGCUCAACGAGGAGCCGCUCGCGAUGAACCAGGAGUCGCCCUCUCAGGACCUGGUGCCGCUGAAAAAGAGGCGAACACGCAUCCCCGACAAGCCCAACUACUCUCUGAACCUCUGGAGCAUCAUGAAGAACUGCAUCGGCAAAGAUCUGUCCAAGAUCCCCAUGCCUGUGAACUUCAACGAGCCGAUCUCCAUGCUGCAGCGGCUGUCGGAGGACCUCGAGUAUCACGAGCUGCUGGACAAGGCGGCCAAGUGCCACAGCUCCCUGGAGCAGAUGUGCUACGUUGCGGCCUUCUGCGUAUCCGCCUACUCCACGACGGUGUACCGCACGGGGAAGCCCUUCAACCCGCUGCUGGGGGAAACGUACGAGCUGGACCGCCGGAGAGAGAGCGGCUACCGCUCGCUCUGUGAGCAGGUGAGUCACCACCCUCCUGCGGCGGCACACCAUGCAAUCUCUGACCGAGGCUGGACUCUGAGGCAGGAGAUUACUGUUGCAAGCAAGUUCAGAGGCAAAUAUCUGUCAAUCAUGCCUUUAGGCACUAUACAUGCCAUCUUUGAGAAGAGCAACAAUCACUACACAUGGAAGAAGGUUACCACCACAGUGCACAACAUCAUUGUUGGAAAGCUGUGGAUUGAUCAGUCUGGAGAAAUCGACAUAGUGAACCACACCACAGGGGAUCGGUGCCACCUGAAGUUUGCUCCCUACAGCUACUUCUCACGAGACGUAGCCAGAAAGGUGACAGGAGUGGUGAUGGACAAGGACGGAAAGGCCCACUAUGUGCUGUCGGGCACGUGGGACGAGAAGAUGGAGUUCUCCCGGGUCAUGCAGAGCAGUCGGGGCGGAGAGAACGGCACCGAGGGCAAACAGAAGACCGUAUAUCAAACCCUGAAAGCUAGAGAGUUGUGGAAGAGAAACCCUUUGCCCGACGGAGCCGAAUCCAUGUACUACUUCACCGCCCUGGCUCUGACCCUGAACGAGCCCGAAGACGGGGUGGCGCCCACCGACAGCCGGCGCAGGCCCGACCAGCGCCUGAUGGAGGACGGCCGCUGGGAUGAAGCCAACGGCGAGAAGCAGCGGCUGGAGGAGAAGCAGCGCAGCGCCCGGCGCGAGCGGGAGAGGGAAGCGGCGAGCCAGCGCGCCUCGGGCCAGUCGGAGGAAGGCGCUCCGCACGACUCCUACAAAGCGCUCUGGUUCGAGAGCUGCGAGGACCAAUUCACAGGUGAGCAAGUUCACAUCUAUAAGGGAGGCUACUGGGAAACGAAGGAGCUCGGCAACUGGGAGGGUUGCCCGGACAUAUUUUGACCCGGGAAGCGCUCUGUGGAGACUGACACACAUCAGAGCUGGACGGACAGCUUCACAAAGCCCCGUUUGUCCCCUGAUCGGACGGCUGCUCCCCUCCAGCGGCUCUCUGUUCUAAGAGAUCCCCUUCCCCAUCCCGGACGGUCACUACUGUCUGCUUCAGAGACGCGAGAGAGAUUGAAGGAUCUAGUCUUCUGUGUCCAAUCGAGUCUCAAGCUACUUGUUUUCCUCUCGCUGUCGCGUAUCCAGGAGGAUUGGGAUUAAAUGUUGUUUUUUUUUAUUAUUAUUAUUGUCGAGGGGUUUCUGAGUUGGCUCGGUCUGAAGAAAUAAGCAGUGCUUCCAAAUUUGUCGAGUCUGUGCCCAAGUCAAAUCAGGUGGAGAGGAGAUUUCUUUCAGUGUGCUGUGUGAUAAAGUGAUCCACAGAACUAUCUACUCGGAUAAUAACGCUAAAAAAAGAGGGUGAAACCUGGCUAAUAUAUACAGUUAUAUUAAAAUAUGCUUACAGUUUCAUUGAAA